AUGCGUCUGGCAAAUCCAAAUGAACCCCUCGAGAGUACAGGACCCAAAAGAAUGAAUUUUAUUUGUGUAACCCUUCGAUCGGGGGGACCCACGACCACAUUUGAAGCAUUCAUAUCCUUUCAACGCAAGGAACCAGAGUGGAUUUGGGAAAGUAGAUCUGCUAUUGUGCAUGGAAAGACGGGAGAGCAAGGCGUGAUCAAAGCGUUGAGAGGUUUACCAUUUAAUCAUCGGAGACGUCCCAAACAGGAAGACAAUACCGCUCUUAGAUUCUGUUGGUAUCGUUGUAUACUAACAUGUGGUAAUACUUACUAG